CGCGCGUAUUCAAAAGUAGCCUUGUUGGCGGCUUUACUUCUAUCAUUUCGGGAAAAUGAAUAUCUUUAGACUGUUAGGGGACCUUUCCCAUCUGGCGGCUCUUGUAAUAUUGCUUCUUAAAAUUUACUCAACGCGAUCAUGCAAAGGUUUGUCAGGGAAAACUCAAAUUAUGUUUGCAUUGGUGUUUACUACCCGAUAUGUUGACUUAUUCAUAUAUUACGUAUCUGCUUAUAAUACCAUCAUGAAGAUUACUUUCAUUGUGCUGUCAUAUUUAACCGUCUAUUGUAUGUACGUGAAGUUCAAGGCAACAUUAGACACAAAUGACCAUCUUUUUCGUCUACCGUAUUUUAUCAUACCUAUUGGUGGCCUUGCCUGUCUUGUGAAUCACAAGUUGCAAUUCUUGGAGGUACUCUGGACAUUUUCAAUAUACUUGGAGUCAGUAGCUAUCCUGCCACAGUUAUUUAUGAUCAGUAGUACUGGUGAAGCGGAGACGAUAACUGCACACUAUUUAUUUGCAUUAGGAUCAUAUCGUGCUUUGUAUCUAGUUAAUUGGAUAUAUCGUUAUUAUGUUGAAGAUGUUUAUGAUAUAGUGGCUAUUGUUGCUGGCUGUGUUCAAACUCUACUAUACAUUGAUUUCUUCUAUCUAUAUGUGACAAGAGUGCUUAAAGGUCGUAAUCUUAUUCUACCGGUGUGAGAAAGACAACGCACACAUACAAACAUACAAACAAGUGUCUCUCCAUGAGUCGUCGAUGACAUGCUGCAAUUAUUGUUACUCUGUUAUUAUUAUUAUUAUUACUAUUA